UGCGCAUGCGCGGUGCGGGUGGCGGCGCGGCGAAAUGGCGGCGGAGGGGCCGGAGGCUCCGGCCAGCCCCGGGCGCGGCGGGGCCGAGGGGGCGCUGGGGGACGGCGGGGACGGCGGUACCGGCCCUCCCGCCCCCGCAGCAGAGCUGCCGCCCCCCACCCCCGCCUCCGCCGAGGAAGAGGAGGCGAAGAAGAACCACAGCGACGCUGCCGCGCCCCCCCCCAUCCCACAGAGCUGCAACGGCGCCGCCGCCCCUCCCCCCGAGCCCGAGGAGCCCCCCCCGGCCGCGCCGGAGGAGCCCCCGCCCCCCCGGGAGCCCGAGCCCCCCGCGGAGGAGCCCACCCUCACCUACCCCCUCGACUUCGAGAAGUUCUGGCACGCGGCGCGCAGCAACCCCCACGACUUCACCGCCUGGACCGAGCUCCUGCAGUACGUCGAGCAAGAGAACCACCUCUUUGCCGCCCGCAAAGCCUUCGACGCCUUCUUCGCCCACUACCCCUACUGCUACGGCUACUGGAAGAAAUACGCCGACAUGGAGCGUCGCUUCGACUGCAGACGGGAGGCCGAGGAGGUGUUUGAACGAGGGCUUCAGUCCAUCCCCCUCAGCAUGGACCUGUGGAUCCACUACAUCUCCUACCUCCAAACCACCCUGGACAUGAAUCUUCCCGAAUCCAUCCAAAAAAUCCGCGGCGUUUUCGAGGCGGCGGUGGCGGCGGCCGGCAUGGAUUUCCGCUCGGAUAAAUUGUGGGAGCUCUACGUGGAGUGGGAACGGGAACAGGGAGACCUGCGAGCCGUCACCGGCAUCUACGACCGCGUCCUCUCCAUGCCCACGCAGCUCUACAACCAUCACUGGGAGAAGUUCAAGGAGCACGUCCUCCACAACCCCCCGAAGGACAUCUUGUCCCCGGAGGAGCUCCUGUGGGUCCAGUCCAAGCUGGCCACCGACCCCGUGCCCAAACCCCCGGAGCCGGAAGGGUCGGAAGCGCCGCCAGGAGAGGAUCUGCCCCCCGGCGUGGAGGGGAAAGCGGCGGCGGCGGCGGCUGACGCCCAGGAGGAUUUAGACCAGGAAAAAAUCCGGGAGCUGGUGAUCUCCAUGCGGCAACAAAUCUACGCUCAAAACGAGGCGGAAGUCAGCAAACGCUGGAAUUUCGAGGACGGGAUCAAGCGUCCCUAUUUCCACGUGAAACCGCUGGAAAGGGCUCAGCUGCGGAAUUGGCGGGAUUAUCUGGAUUACGAAAUGGCGGCCGGCUCGCACGAGCGCACCAUCGUCCUCUUCGAACGCUGCGUCAUCGCCUGCGCCCUCUACGAGGAGUUUUGGAUCAAGUACACCAAAUACCUGGAAAACCACACGGUGACGGGGGCCAGGAGCGUUUUUCAGCGAGCCUGCGGUUACCACCUGCCCCGAAAACCCAACAUCCACCUCCUCUGGGCGGCUUUUGAGGAGAAACAAGGCAACCUGGACGAAGCGCGGCGCAUCCUCCGCUGUUUCGAGGAGGUGGUGCCGGGUUUGGCCAUGGUGCGGCUGCGCCGCGUCAGCCUGGAGCGCCGGCAGGGCAACCUGGAGGAGGCGGAGGCGCUGCUGCUGGAGGCCAUGCGCGCCAACGAGGGGCUGCCCCUCGCCUCCUUCUACGCCGUCAAAUUGGCUCGGCAGGCCUGCAAGGUGCAGAAAAACCUCGGCAAAGCUCGCAAGGUGCUGGUGGAAGCCCUGGAAAAAGAUCCGGACAACGCCCGCCUCCACGCCAACCUCCUGGAGAUGGAAUUCGGGGCCGACGUCCGACAAAACGAAGGCAACACCAUGAGCUGCUUCGAGCGGGCGCUGCGCAGCCCCCUCCCCGACGAAGCCAAAGUCAUCUUCUCCCAGCGCCGCGUCGAGUUCCUCGAGGAUUUCGGCUCCAGCAUUCACAGCCUGCUGACGGCCUACGACGAGCACCAGAAGAUCCUCAAGCAGCACGCGGCGCGCAAGAGGGCCCCCGAGAACGGCUCGGACGAACCCGACGACAAACGCCUCCGCCCCGACGAAGCCUCGGGCCUUUUGGGUCCCCUCAACUUCCCCGCUUCGGGGGGGGACGUGGGCUCCAACCCCUCCGCCUACAACUACUGGUACCAGCACGGCUACGGCGCCUACAGCUACCAGACGCCGUGGAACUACAACCAGUACUACUCGCAGAGCUGAGCCGGGACCCCCGCGGCCCCCCAACUCCUCCCCUCGCCCCCUUUUCUAAACCCUCCCUUUAGUAAAAACACGUUUCUGUACAUUUUUUUGGGCCCCCCCCCCCUCCUGUUUUGGGGGUGGGGGGGAUGUAAAUAAAGAAGCGGCGCUGCAAGGA